GUGCUAAAUGCUAGUAAUAACUCCCUAUUGGACCAAUGAGGGCUUCAUAUUCAUAGGAAAACGUAUGCGCCAAAACAUGAAAAUUAAAAUUGAGAGUGUAGUACGAUUUUUGCGAGUAUUCAACGUGUGAGUGAGAGUCACAAGUUGUGUAGAAAUACAAGAAACGAUAGACGUGGACGAUGGAUUUGUUUUAUUUAUCGCAUAGUUCUUAGGAUAAGAGAACAGAAAAAUGAAAAAUCUACGGAACAAAAAGUUGUGGCUGCAAUUUGCCUAUCAAUUCAUGUAUCUUCCCCUAUCACUUAACCAAUCUUAUGCACUUCCUCUUCCUUUCAACCUCUCUCUCUCAAAUCCUUGGGUUUUUUCGUACAACUAGCUAGUGAAAGGACCAAUACACGAACUUGUGGGAAAAUAAUUUCACCGCAAAAGCAAGAUAAACUAAUCAUGAUAAGUUAGAAGAAAUACAGGCAAAACACAAGUGCCAAAACUUAAAAAGUCGUCAACCCAAAAAUCAAAAUGUGGUUUUCCCUAUUUAUGGCCUAAAAUCUCUCAUUAACAAGUUAGAAAGAAAAACCAAGACAAAGAAAAAAGGGGAGGAGAGAGAACUGAAAAAAGAUAAGCUAAUUAACAUUUUUUGCUUGGUUUUCUUCAGCACUCAGAAGACAGGAAGUAAAGAGACAAGUUACAUGUCAUGGUUAAAACUUGAUAGAGAGGGUGUGUGUGUGUUUGUGUCUGAAUAGUUUAAGGUUGUGGGGUGGGUGAAGUUUUUGUUGAGAUGUCAGGUGGUGGAUGCAGCAUAGUGUGGUUCAGAAGAGAUCUGAGGGUGGAGGAUAACCCAGCACUUAUUGCAGGAGUGAGAGCAGGAGCUGUGGUUGCAGUUUUCAUAUGGGCACCUGAAGAAGAAGGCCAAUACUAUCCUGGCAGGGUCUCCAGGUGGUGGCUCAAACACAGUUUGGCUCAUCUUGAUUCCUCUUUGAGAAGUCUUGGCACUCCUCUCAUCACUAAACGAUCCACUGAUAGUGUUUCUUCUCUACUUGAGGUUGUCAAGUCCACUGGAGCUACUCAACUCUUUUUUAACCAUUUAUAUGAUCCGCUGUCACUUAUAAGGGAUCACCGAGCAAAGGAGGUUCUCACUGCUCAGGGCAUAACAGUACGUUCCUUUAACGCGGAUUUGUUAUAUGAACCAUGGGAUGUCAAUGAUGCUCGUGGUCGACCAUUCACAACUUUUGCUGCUUUUUGGGAAAGAUGUCUUAGCAUGCCUUAUGACCCUGAGUCACCUUGUCUCCCACCUAAAAGAAUUAUCCCAGGUGAUGUAUCAAGGUGCCCUUGUGAUACAUUGGUGUUUGAAGAUGAAUCAGAGAAGGGCAGCAAUGCACUUCUUGCCCGAGCAUGGUCACCUGGGUGGAGCAAUGCUAACAAGGCAUUGACCACAUUCAUAAAUGGUCCAUUGAUUGAGUACUCAAAAAAUCGCAGCAAAGCUGACAGUGCCACCACCUCACUUCUCUCACCCCAUUUGCACUUUGGUGAGGUGAGUGUCAAAAAGGUUUUCCAUCUUGUCCGCAUCAAGCAAGUGUUGUGGGCCAAUGAAGGAAACAAAGCCGGUCAAGAAAGUGUGAACUUGUUCCUCAAAUCUAUUGGUCUUAGAGAAUAUUCAAGGUACAUUAGUUUCAACCACCCCUAUAGUCAUGAAAGGCCUCUUCUAGGCCACCUUAAGUUCUUUCCAUGGGUUGUAAAUGAAGGCUAUUUUAAGGCAUGGAGACAAGGCAGAACUGGGUACCCUUUGGUGGAUGCUGGCAUGAGGGAGUUGUGGGCCACUGGUUGGUUGCAUGAUCGGAUACGUGUUGUAGUUUCAAGUUUCUUUGUGAAGGUUCUGCAGCUCCCUUGGAGAUGGGGAAUGAAAUAUUUCUGGGACACCCUCUUGGAUGCAGAUCUUGAAAGUGAUGCUCUUGGUUGGCAAUACAUAUCUGGUUCGCUCCCUGAUGGUCGUGAACUUGACCGAAUAGAUAAUCCACAGUUUGAGGGCUACAAUUUUGAUCCAAAUGGAGAAUAUGUACGACGCUGGCUUCCAGAACUUGCUAGAUUACCAACUGAAUGGAUACAUCAUCCAUGGAAUGCACCAGAAACAGUGCUUCAAGCAGCUGGAAUAGAACUAGGAUCAAAUUAUCCUCUUCCAAUUGUGGUAAUAGGUGCAGCAAAAGUUAGAUUACAAGAAGCACUCUCAGAAAUGUGGCAACAAGAGGCAGCUUCAAGAGCUGCAAUUGAAAAUGGAACUGAGGAAGGACUUGGAGACUCUUCUGAAUCAGCUCCUGCUGCUUUUCCUCCAGACAUACAAAUGGAGGAAAGUCCUGAACCUAUUAGGAACCAUCCACAUCCUGUUGCUCGACACUACCAGGAUCAGAUGGUUCCAAGCAUUACUUCUUCCUUGUUGAGAGUGGAAGAGGAAGAAACUUCCUCUGAUCUUCGAAACACGGUAGAAGAGAGCAGCAGAGCUGAAGUGCCAAUAAAUGUAAAUGCACAAGAAAAUGCAAGAGACACAUUGAAUGAAAGGGUGUUGCCGACUGUUCAUAGGAAUACACGAAUACAACACAAUACUAUAAUGGAGCUAAGAAAUGGAGCUGAAGAUUCUGCAGUAGAAUCUUCAAGUAGUGGCAGGAGAGAAAGGGAUGGAGGUGUAGUUCCAGUAUGGUCUCCACCAGCCUCCAGUUACUCAGAACAAUUUGUAGGAGAUGAAAAUGGUAUAACCAGCAGUUCAUCUUUCUUGCAAAGCCAUCCUCAGUCUCACCAAUUGCUGAAUUGGAGGCGACUACCUCAGACUGGGUAAGAUAUUUGAAUUUAUUUAUCAUUCAGUUAAAUUAAAGUACUUUGUAAUUAAAUUAAUUUUAAAUCAUCAAUUAAUAGCUAUUUAUUUUCUUAGUUCAAUUAUUAGUUAAUCUCGCAUUUCUUGAAAAUUUGUUAGAUGUUAUAUAUGUACGCGUACAUUCUGUCAGCACUUGAAAUGAAUUGUCAAUGCUCUAUAUUUAACUUUAAGAGUUUUGUUAACUUAAGCCCUUAGGAUCGAGUAUAAGUAGCUAAUAAUAGAUAAAAGUUUAUUAGAAAGAAAAAUAUUUACUAUAUUUCUAUAAAUUCAAUAUAAUAAAUGUGUAUUUUUUUUAUAAGAAUUUUCUGUUUGUAAAUGCUUAAAGUUAGUCCCGAGAGCUGAGAAUUUAAUGCUUAUGAUUUAUUUUUUUUGAUUCCUUCUAGAUAUGUUAUCACAAAUAAAUCUUAAUUACAGGUAAUUGAUGUUGAAGCAACUAGAUUAGAAGCAAGGAGGUGGAAUAAACACUCACUUUUAUCUUGAGAGAAAGUGAGAUGUUGAACCCGCAUUGGACAUACACGUGUUCAUUUCCUACUCCUUUUACCAACUGCUGAUCUCCAAUGUGUAUGGAAAUUUCAAUUCAUACGGCAGAUCAUUCGCAUUCCCUUUGCUCUCGUGUACAAUAUUUGCAACUUUCUGUAUAGUUAAUAUACUUUGUGUAGUGAGGGAGAAAGAGCCACCAUAGCAUCUUUUGUCUAUUAAUAAACUCAGGUUUGUGCUUUCAUUUAAGGCAGAUAUGUUACUUAUUAUCAUCCAAGCGUUGUUUACAUUUUCCAUGCUGUGCAUUUCUGUGUUGACCGGUAUAAAGUGCCCCUCAUCUUGGUACUCACAUUUCUUAAACCUCUGCAGCAUAUUAAUCUACACCGCUAAAGCCCUUUCUUUUCUGUUUCUGUAAUUGUUUUUG